AUGAUUGGUGCUGGUUGGUUUAAGGGUUUAUGCUUGGGUUAUCUUGGAUUCCCUUGGCCAUUUUACAUUGUUUGCCCUCAACAUCAUCGCACCCUCCACGCUCCACUCUGUCUCAGCGACUUUGUCUUCAUCUUUCUUCUACGAGAUUUCAGUCUACGAACCAGAAAAGCCAGAAACGCAGACAACUCGCACUCUUCAUAUUCUCCAAGUCUCAAUUUAGGGUUCCGAUUUUCUCAAUCUCACAGGGUGGGUGAUAUGGCUCGGUUGCCAUUAAGGCAAAAGAUGAGAUUGCAAGCUGUUGUCCUUAUUUUGCGCAUAAGGAUCAUGGAAAGCAUGUUUAAUAUGCUUAUGUUUCUUGCUAUGAUCAGUUUUGGUUUUGCUUAAAUUGUAGAUUUUUUUCUUUGAUUUGAUGUACUUGUUGCAUGAAGCUUAGCUGUGUUUUUUAAUUUUAUUUCAUAUUCUCUUUUCAAAAAUUUUAA